AUUGCAGUCAAACGAACUCCACCCUAUUCCUGUUCGUUCAGAAGUGUGGAGUCUAGUUGGAAUUGAUCUCAUGGGACCGCUGACAAUGACAAGUCAAGGAAACCAAUACAUACUAACAAUGACAUGCUAUUUCAGUAAAUGGGUUGAAGCUUUCCCCAUAUCAGACAAAACUGCUGUUACAGUGGCCAGGGCUUUGUACACUGCCUACUGCAGGCAUGGAGCACCAAACGAUAUUAUCACUGAUCAAGGCAGAGAGUUUGUCAACCAGGUUGUAUGAGAUAUGUCCUAUGUGCUUGUUAAUUAAAUCAUGUAUGUCCAAUGUAAACUUUGCUUCACCUGUAGGUGUAUGUACCACUAGUUGGAUGUUUAUACUGUGUUUGCUUCAACAGGUGUGCAAGGUACUCCAUUGUCAAUUCAAUGUCAGGCAAAGAAUAACAGCCGCUUAUCAUCCUCAGUCUAACGGACUAGAUGAAAGAACAAAUCAAACAAUUAGAAAGUAAGAUAAACAAUAUAAGAAGAUAAGUGUAGUUCUAUUGCAAUUAGAGUAUUAUGACUACAUAGAUGCCUUGAAAAUUGGUAAUAGAGCAUGAAGAAGACUGGGAUGAACUCCUUGACCCAGUUCUCUUUGCUAUUCGAACCAGUGUUCAAGAGUCCACCAAGUUCACUCCUUUCUUUUUAAUGCAUGGGCGAGAAGCUAGGUUUCCUUUAGAAGCUGAAAACAGUGAGAUCACUUCUGUCAGUCAGUUGGGUGAUGUGCAGCAAGCAGUACAUCAUCUAAAGGAAAUGAGAAACAAAGUUUUCCCUCAAGUAAAAGAAAACAUUGAAAACAGUCAGGAAAGACAGAAACAACAAUACAGAAAAAGAAAAGGAGCUGUAGUAAACUCUAUCCAGGUUGGACAGACUGUUUUGCAAUUAAAUAUGCUAAAAAGGACAACGAAAGGUCAUAAGAUGGAAGACACCUGGCUUGGACCAUACAGAGUUAUAGAAAUGACUGCAUCUGGUGGCUGUGUCCUUCGUUGCAUCAAAACUAAUUCAACAAUGAAGCGCAAAGUUAAUAUUAGUCAGCUGAAGAUCUACAAUACACCACAGAAGUCUUCUGAAUUGGCAAAUGCGACAAGCAAAGAUGAUGAAUCAGCUGCUACUAGGAUUAAGGGCAACAGCAAGCCAAAUUUCUCAGAUUUAGAACGUCAGCUAUUUGAUCAAAGUCUGUUACGGCUGUGGCGCACAGGAGCAAUAUGGGAGGCUUGGAAAGCUGAAGAAGACGACGAGAGAGAGCUUGCUGAACAUACAAGCUCUGUUGAAGAAUGUUGCCUUAGUGUCAAUGUAGACGUGGCUCUGUGGCUAAACUGUCGAACAUAUGAGAAAAAGCCAACAUUAAAACGAGUUAGUGAUUUUGUGCUAGUAAAUCCUGUUGUUCAUCAAGAGUUCAAUGAUUUUGCAAAAGCUGAAAUAACACCAGAAUUGCAAUUACUACUAGACGUGGACUUGAUUAAGGUCUGGGAAACUGACAAAGCACUCUCAUUGCCAAGGGUGUCUCGAUAUCAAAACGUGUAUGUCAGCAUCAGCAGCUCUCGACUUGAUGACCUAUGUCUGUGGGUAUAUGAUAUGAGAAAGCUGUAUAACAGUAAAGGAAGAAGUUUGUUUGAGGUAGUUAAUAAGAGAGCAAGUAUGCCUCAAACAUUGUCUAGUCUAACAUCAGCUGCCGAGAGUUCACAAAGAUGGGUACAUGGUCUGGAUCUCAAUGAAACUGAUAAAUGUAUUAUACAAGGCAAGUGUGCCGACGGCUUUCUAACUGACAAGCACAUGCAUGCUGCUCAUCAGCUUCUAUUAAAGCAGUUUCCCUACAUCAGUGGACUAGAGUCAACACUCCUUUGCCAGACUUACGGAUUCGCUCAUGUAACAAGUGAUGCUAUUCAGAUUCAUUUUACAGGAAGUCAUCAUUGGGUGACUUCAACCUGCUUUGGCAAACAAGUACGACUAUACGACAGCAAUGCUGGCCUACACUUGUCUCCUUGUAUGGAACACAGCUGGCGCAAAUCUAUCAAUUGGCUCACAAAGACAACAUUCUCAUGGUAG